AUGGCCACAGAUCCCAACGCUGCCCUCAAUGUCUCUCUUGAGGACCACCUCGUCGAAUCUCUCCGCCCCUUGCACGCUCUCCUUCCCGACGAGCUUGCAGCUCAACUCGGGUCUGCCCUCGACCACCCUCUGUCCAGUCCGUCUCCUGGGAGCGAGAAGGAGACGGAAGCAGCGCAGUGUCCUCCUAGAACGAUCCCAUACUCGCUCCUCUCCGCGGUCGCAAGGUGGGCACGCACGCAGCCGGCCCAAGACGCGCUCGCGCACCACGACCCGCCGCUGGACGCACGCGACUACUCGAUGGUCGCUCUCCUCGCCGGCACCCGCACCUCGCCCGAGCGCCGCUUCCCCCUCCCUGCCGCACCCGCCGCCGCCGACGCCGCGAAGGAGCGCAGCGACCGCCGGGCGCGGGUGCUUCUAGCGUUAUCCACCGCCCUCAUCGUCGCAAGCUCCGAGGCGAUCCUCUAUCUCAUCUGGGAGGACCGGCGGGCCAAGUCCAAGGCGUCCGCCCGCGCGCGGCACGGAACGCGGCUGCGCGGCGAGCGCCGCGUUUCGCUCGUGGACAAGAAGGACGGCGACGGCGACAGCGUGGGCGCGACGGGCGCGGAAGCCGAGGAGGACACGGGGGUGGUGUCUGCGUCGGCCACGGACGGUUCGGGCACCGCGCGGGCAAACCUACGCGAGCGUCCUGCGGGUGGGCGUCCUGGCGCAGACGCGGCGGAGAAGGUGGAGGCGUAG